CCGUAUUUGGUUAAGCUAUGCGAUACGUAAAGGGUCCCCGAUCGCCUUGACUUGCAUAUAGUUAACCAAUGCAUAACUUCAAUGGGGUCCCAAGUAAACCUGAAAGAAAAUGAACCUAAGCAAGAUGAUUCUAAAGAAGUUGAUGGUAUAAAACCCAUCACAAGUCCUAAAAUGGAGGGACCAUGUACUAUAUCAGUUUUUACGCCUUCCAUCAGAAAUGUCACCAAGGAAGACGAGAAAGCUACAUCAAAGACUAAUUUCCUUAAUACAAAUGUUUAUACAAAUGUCUUUCAUGGACUUGUCAAUCGUUCAUUGAAAACAAAAGUUACCACAAUGGGUCUUCCUAAAUCAUUUUCAAAAAAAGCUUCUACGAAGGCUUUAUACAGUCAAUUCCAGCCCAUCUGUCUUCUCUCUCGGAGUACCGAAGUUACAAAAGGCUUCCCUUUAGUAUAUUUUCCAGAGGAUCUUCCGAAGCAUGAUGUUACUGAGGAAGAUUAUAAGUCAUUUAUACACGAUAUCAAUUUGGCAUGUUCCUUUAGUGAAGUUGCUCUUCUAGGAUCUGGUAAUCUUGUUGGUUUAGUAAGCCUUGGAGUUUCUCGGUUCAUCAUCAGUUACUACAUUGAGAAGUACAUUGAUAAUGUCCGUUUUCCUGUGGUUCGAGGAUUCGUUGAAUUAUGGAAUAAGAACUUUUUUCAUCAAAGAAAGAUCCAUGUCUUUUUCUUGAAUCCUGACGAGGUCGCUGAACAGAAGGAUAAAGCGAUUGAAGCUUAUCUAAAGGAAAAUGGAUCCACUGGAUUUUUUUCAAAAAAGAUGUCUAAAAGACGGUGGAACAAACAGCAUCAUCAUAUUUCAGAUACUAGACACUCGAGACUACUGAUUGUGUCGUUUAAUUCGGAUGGCAUACCGUAUUUGCCAUAGUUUAGAACUAUUUAUUGAGAGGUAUACGUUAAAAAUUCCAUCUAUGUGUAUAAUUUAAUUAAAUAAUUUAUCAUUAAUCAUAAAAUUCGUUAUCCUAUAUUAUA